ACUCAUUCUUAGUUUUAAUUUUAAAAUCAUGCUUAGUAAUUUUCAAGCAACCUAAUUGGUAUCAUGGGAGAAGAAAAAAAUUCAGCUGUUUUAUUGAUGUCACCUUCAGGAAUCAGGACCAUCGUCUCUUCCUUCUAGGGACAAAGGGCCGCCAUCUAUUUCAAGCCUUCGCAAAGCUGACAAGAAUCGAAGCGCCAACGAUCUGUGAGAGUGAGCUCAUCCAAUUAUGGUUGCCGCAAUCACCGUGUUAACAGAUUCCUUUUGUCUUCCCUCCUCUGUUUUCUUAAACUCACAUGCCUUAACAUAUAGUCCUCCAAAACUACAAUCCCCACAUCCUUUGUACGCAAGUCCAACUGCCCGUCCACGCGAAUGCUUCUCUCUAAUAAACGUCAAUACGACAUAUAGGACUGAACUCAGGCCGCUAACGUGUCCCCAGCCGGCUAAGCGUUUUCUCCUCCAAUGUAGCUACCUCGACCCGCCUACCGCCUUUCAAAAUGAAACAGGUAUGCUCUUUUCGCUUUUUAGAGAAAUUGGGCUGAAUGAAAAGGAAACCGAUUUACUUUUGGACAAGAACCCAACUUUAAGAUCAACGUCUUUGGACAAAAUUCGUGCCCGGCUUCUUGCUUUACAGUCCGUUGGAAUCAAUGGCUUUGCUCUUUACUGGUUGGUUACUAAAUGUCCAAGUGUACUAAUAGCUGAGGAAAUUGAUUCAGUGAUUGGUUUUGUGCAUGAUGAUUUAGAAGGAAAGGUUGAGCCAGCACAACUGGAACGCCUUUUUAGUACCACAGGAGCCGGAUUCGUACUAGGUUUUGAUCAAAAGGUUAAUCUGCUUCUUCAUCAUGGAGUUCCCCAAGAGAAGAUUGCUCAUGUUCUCAACAAUGUCAACUUGAUCAAAGCCAUUUGUAGCAAGUCGGUUGAAGAACUUGAAAGAACCAUAACUUUCUUGAAACCUUAUCAUGGCAUUGAAAUAAUAGUUAGGCGUCCAGCGAUUCUCAACUAUGAUUUGGAUUCUCAGUUGAUUCCAAAAAUUCAGUUUCUUGAAGAACUUAGUGGAGGUGAUGAAGAUGCCACAGGGACUGUGUUGCGGAAACUGCCUGCCAUUUUGAGUUAUAGUUUGGAGCAUAUGGAGGGUCAUGUAGAGUUCUUGAGAUCAUAUGUUGGUCUUAGUGACCCAGAAAUAUUCAAGAUUAUCCUUGUGUUUCCAAAUAUGGUUAGUGCCAGCAAAGAGAGGAAGCUGCGUCCCAGAAUAGAGUUUCUCAAGCAAUGUGGGCUUAAUUCUAAUGACAUUUUCAAGUUCUUGACAAGAGCCCCCUUGUUUCUGGCACUUUCCUUUGAAGACAACCUUGCGCAUAAACUUGGGUUUUUAGUGAAGAUUGGGUAUGAGUAUAGAACAAAAGAGUUGGCUGUGGCAUUGGGAGCUGUCACCAGAACAAGCUGCGAAAAUAUGCAGAAGGUGAUUGGGCUCUUCUUGAGUUACGGACUCUCAUGUGAAGAUAUCUAUGCCAUGAGCAAGAAGCACCCUCAAAUACUGCAGUACAAUCCUAGUUCUUUGGAGGAGAAGAUGGUGUACUUGGUAGAGGAAAUGGGUCGAGAAGUUAGGGAGCUAUUGACGUUUCCUGCAUUUCUUGGUUACAAGCUUGAUGACAGGAUUAAGCACCGGUAUGAAGUAAAGAAGAAAACAGUAGGGAAAAGAAUGUCCCUCAACAAGCUCUUAUCAGUGUCAGCCAACAGGUUCUCAACCAAAAAGAAAGCAAAAAGUCUUGUUAAUGAUUGACAACCGGAGCAAAGACUGAAGCUUAAUAAUAUUUACUGUGAUUGUUCACCGUACUUCUAUCAGAAACUAGCUCCAACCCUUCUUUAUUCACUGGAAAAUUAAUUUUUAUUUAUCUGAACAAGCCGGUUCAUUGCAACUUGAUCAUGAGAAUAGCAACGGCAACUAAAGGAAACUAGGUAUAUCACCAACCAGGUCUAUAGCACAACUCAUCGCAGGAUGAACCUAAUGAACUGAUUUAAUUCGUCCAUGUACGAUCAUAUGAUAGUGGCAAAUAACAUCCUAUUUCUUUU